AUGAAUUUAGGAGUUGGUUCUAAAAAUGCAUUCGAAUUUUUAGAUAUAAUUAUUGCAAGUACUAGUGGUGGUGUUAUUUAUAAUAAUAAUGAUGAUGCCGUUAAUGUUGACACAAAUGAUGAAGCUAGUGAUGGAACUAUUGCGAGUACUAGCAGUGGUGUUAGUAAUAAUAAUGAUGGUGGUGAUGAUGAAAUUAUUGCAAGUGUUAGUGGUGGUGUUAGUAACAAUAAUAACAAUGAUGAUGAAAAUAUCAUUGCAAGUACUGAUGUUGUUGUUAACAGUAGCAGUAGUAAUAAUCGUGAAGAUGGGGAGUAUUUGUAUAUUGAGAAUACAGAUAUCUAA